AUGGGCCGUGGGCUGCAGAUAGCCGCCAUCCCUUGGCUGAGCCUGUUUCUGCUUGUGGGGAGCCAAGUGCCAGCGUUCCAGGCCCACGAGCUCCGCUUUGGGCCCUGCCGAGUGGAGGGGGUAGCCCUUCUGGAGCUGUGGGAGGCCUUCCAGGCCAUGAAGGACUCUGUGCAAGCUCAGGAUAAGAUCACGAGUGUCCGGCUGUUGAAACAGGAGGUUCUCCAGAACGUCUCGGAUGCCGAGAGUUGUUACCUCGCCUACAAGUUGCUGAAUUUCUAUUUGCAUACCAUUUUCAAAGACUACCACCGCAAAGUAGUUGAGUUCAAGAUCCUGAAGCCAUUCUCCACCCUCGCCAACAACUUUGUUGCCAUCAUGUCAAAACUGCAACCCAAGCAGGAAAAUGAAGCAUUGUCCUGCAGGGAGAGUGCCCACAGGCGGUUUCUGCUGUUCUGGAGAGCAUUUAAACAGUUGAACACAGAAGCAGCUUUGACCAAAGCCUUUGGGGAAGUGGACAUUCUCUUGACUUGGAUGGAGAAAUUCUAUCAUCUCUGA